AUGCGCCUUCCGACGCUGCUUCUCGCAGCUUCAUCUUUGGUCGGCGCAGUCUUCGUGGAUGAAGUUGGAGAUAUCGACUAUCACCACGAACUCAUUGGCGUCCCCCAAGUAGAGACGACAUUCUUCCACAAGCCGAGAAAAGACGAUAAAGCCUCCCUCCUAUACUCACUAAGCGAUGUCGGCGUUGUCGGAGCCGUCAACCCCAGCAAUGGCGCCGUCGUCUGGCGGCAGUACUUGACCGGCAACAUCACGAAUGGCGGCGGACAUUUACGAGCGGCGGAAGGAGAGGAUUGGGUCACGUCUGCGUACGGCAGCUCAGUGCAUGCAUGGAAUGCCUUGUCGGGAAGGAACGCGUGGUGGAGCGAGUUCACGGGCGAGAUAAGAGACUUGGAGGUCAUGGAGUUGACGGAGAACGGGCGCAAGGAUGUGCUGGCGCUCUUUGAGGAAGAGGACGGUUCUUCGACCUUGAGGAGACUCAACGGCGGCGACGGCAGCGUUGUCUGGGAAUUCAAGGAUGCGAGCAAGACUGUUCCGCUCCAGGUUUCGAACAACAUCGAGAAGAUCUUCGUGGUCAGCCUCUACGGAUCCGUCAGCUCGUACGGCGUGCGCGUCUCUGUCCACGACACUCUGACGGGCAAGCGCACCGACGAUAUUAGCCUCGGAACCAAGGGCGAUGUCCAGAGCAAGGAAGACGUCUUGCUUGUCGGCGCCAACUCGGCUUCUCCCAUUGUCGCCUGGACUGACGCCGCCCACUCGAAGCUGAAGGUCAACGUUCUUGGUACCAAGACCAAGCAGGAGUUCCCGCUUCCUCCUGACACUUUGGAAGUUGCCAUCCAUGCGCCGCAUCACCUGCAAUCUGAGCCGCAUUUCCUGGUCCACAGCCGCACCAAGGCUGGAAACAAGGGUGAGGUGUACCACGUCAACAUCAAGAACAAUGCUGUCACCAGAGAUCAUGAGCUCCCUCUCCUUCCUGGGCUAGGUGCUUUCUCUACCAGCUCAGAGGGCGCCAAUGUCUGGUUUACGCGUAUCACUGAAGAGGAGGUUAUCUUGACGUCUUCUAGCUCGCACGCUAUCCUGGGACGUUGGUCUUACAAGACCGGCACUGAGAGUGUCACUGCCAUUCACGCCGUUUCAGAAGUCAUCAAGAAGGGCGGAGACAGUUUCGCCGUCCGAUGCGCUGCCGUCACUACUUCUGAUGACUGGGUCUUGGUUCGUAACGGCGAGCAGGCCUGGAGCCGUCCUGAGGGGCUCACUGGCGGAGUCGCUGCUGCCUUUGCUGAGAUUCCCGAGAGCGAAGACUUGGCUAAGACUCUUGAAGCUGAGGCGCACAGCAGUAUCCUGUCCGCUUAUAUUCAUCGUGUUACCCGCCACAUUGAUGAUCUUGCCUACCUUCCCGACUACCUUGCUUCCAUUCCCCAACGCCUCAUCAGCAGCAUUACCGGAUCCGAGAUCUCACCCAAGAGCGGUGGUCUUUCGCGCGAUGCUUUCGGCUUCAACAAGCUCGUUGUUCUGGCCACCCGCAGAGGCAAGCUCUUCGGGCUUGACGUUGGCAAACACGGCAAGGUCAUCUGGAAGCUCAACGCCUUCGAUAUUCCCCGCGGCAGUGCCUGGGACGUCAAGGGCAUCUUUGUUGAGGAUGCCAAAUCGCACGUAACUGUCCGUGGAUACCAUGGCGAGUACGUGGUCGCACGAACCGAUACUGGAAAACUCGUGGACGCUAUGCCCGAGGGUUCCUGGGCUCAGACUCAAGCCGCUGCCAUUGUCGACAGCCCGUCUGGUCAGUGGUUGGCCCCUGUUGGUAUCGGUGGUGCCAUCGGCGACGUCCCUGUCGCCUGGGCUCCCUCGCAGGUCGUCGUGGUGCGCGGCGAGAACGGUCAGCUGAAGGGUUUGACCUACAUCAACGAAGACGUUACCGCCAAAGAGCAGGUUGCUUGGGAGUUUGCACCGCCCACUGGUUACGAGAUCGUCGACAUCGCUACUCUGCCUGUCCACGACCCUAUUGCAUCGAUCGGAAGGGUCCUCGGUGACAGACGGGUCAAGUACAAGUAUUUGAACCCCAACACCAUCGUUGUGUCUGCCAAGAACAGCGCGAAGUCCACCCUGAACGUCUACCUCGUCGAUUCCGUGUCAGGCCAGGUCCUUCACUCCUCUUCGUACGAGGGCGUCGACACUGACAAGAACAUUGAGUGUACUCUUGCCGAGAACUGGUUCGUGUGCACCUUCUUCGGUGAAUACUCGUUGAAGGACGAUGCCGGUCAGCCUCAGUCUGGUCAGUCUCUCAAAGGCUACCAGAUUGUUGUUUCCGACCUGUACGAGAGCGAAUACCCCAACGACCGUGGCCCGCUCGGCGACGCUGCCAACUUUUCCUCUACCGACCCGGUCGACACUCCCACCGGUAUCCCCCUUCCCUCGAUUGUCAGCCAGGCCUGGAUCCUGUCAGCCCCUAUCACUUCUCUGGCUGUCACCCAGACUCGACAGGGUAUCACCAGCCGUCAUGUGCUCGGCUACCUCCCCCUGGCCCACUCCAUCGUCAGUUUGCCUCGUCAGCUUCUCGAGCCGCGUCGCCCUGUCGGCCGUGACCCCACGCCGGCCGAGAUGGAGGCCGAGGGCCUCAUCAAGUACCACCCGGCGCUGGAGAUCGAUCCCAGACAGAUCAUCACUCAUCAGCGCGAUGUUAUCGGCGUCCAGAAGAUCAUCACGUCCCCUACCAUUGUGGAGAGCACCAGCUUGAUCUUCUCCUUUGGCAUUGACGUAUUCGGCACCCGUGCCGCACCCAGUUUUGCCUUCGAUAUUCUUGGAAAGGGCUUCAACAAGAUCAGCCUCAUUUCCACUGUGCUUGCCCUGACUGUUGGUGUUGCAGUCCUGGGCCCGAUCGUACGCAAGAAGCAGACAAACAUGAGAUGGGCAUAG